AUGUGUGUGGGAGAAAUGAUGUGGCAAUUUGCAUGCGACGAGUGUACUCGAGAAAACAUAGUUAUUCAUGUUUUAGGAAAACGAAAGAGUUUUAAAUUGUUUGUCACGCUUAUGUUGGUUUUGUGCUCUUCCACUCAACUAAAAAUAAUAUUUUGCUUUAUGCUUCCAGCAAUUGAAAACCAAAAUGCUUGUGAAAUUCUAGAGGAGGGAGUGAAACAGGCGAAACGAAAAAUAUUUUACCACUCCAUGCGCGUCUGCAAUUCUUCUUUCAUUUCGACAUUCAUAAAAGUCUCAAUUUUGGCUGCUAAAUCAGGAAUAAAUCAUCCUGCGGAUGAACAGGAAGUCACGAUACAAAAAGCAGAUAAAUGGUAA